ACUCAGCACUUACCAGAGUGGCUUGUUGUUAAGACAAAGGGUGUGCACUCCCUGGCCAGGAGACCUGAGCAGUGAGACUCCCUGCUGUCUGCACCGAGGCCCCAGGAUAUGCAGAACUUCCCUUUAGGGCCUGACCUGUCACCAUGAGGUCCUGCCUGUGGAGGUCUGGCCGCCUGGGCCGAGGUGUCCAGUGGUCCUUGCUCCUGGCCAUGCUGAUCUUCCUCCUCUUCGCCUUGCCCUCCUUAAUCAAAGAGCCUAGCACCAGGCCGUCCAGGUAUCAGUCCAGAGAGAACAUUAAAGAGAAAGCUGCAGAGUCACUACAAAAGGCUACGUCCCAGGCACCCGCUGUGGGCAGGAGGACUACCGGCUCUGUGGAGUCAGAGCCAGAGAACAGUGCCCUCAACACGCACCGCCAGCCCACAGCCCAUGCCGGGGCAGACAGCAGGACAGAGGCCGGCAAGGCACCCCCCAGGGAGCCGGGCAAAGUGGCCAGCGCCACACAGGUGGCAUUAACAAAGAGGCAGGAAAAAGAGAAAACCGUGGUGCGCACACCCAGAGGUCCAGACUCUGGGACAGAGGCCCCAUCACUGAAGAGUCAGGUCACAAAGACGACCAGAGGAAGGGGGGGCCAGACCCAGAAGGUGACCUCCACAAGGACGGCGUUGGCUCAGGGCAAAGCAGUCACCACCUCAAAGACACCCGUUCUAGACAGGCAGGGCACACUACUGCCCACCAGGGGAGCAGUGUCGACGAGGAGACAGAGGGGAGUGACCACAGCAGCCGUCCUGCCCAUGGAGAAGAAGGCUCAGGUCACCCCACCCGCUGCCCCUCUCCAGGGCCGCACCACACGGACAGCCCAGAGACAAAGGCUGAAGGCCGCCGACUUCAAGGCCGAGCCCCGGUGGGAUUUCCAGGAGAAAUACAGCAUGGAGGAGGGGGGCCUCCAGACGACCUGCACGGACUCUGUGAAGGUCAAAGCCUCCAAGUCACCAUGGCUCCGGAACCUUUUUCUGCCCAACCUCACCCUCUUCCUGGACUCCAGCCACUUCAACCAGAGCGAGUGGGAGCGCCUGGAACACUUUUCACCGCCCUUUGGCUUCAUGGAGCUCAAUCACUCCUUGGUGCAGAAGGUGGUGACACGCUUCCCUCCAGUGAGCCAGCAGCAGCUGCUCCUGGCCAACCUCCCUCCUGGGAGCUCCAGGUGCAUCACUUGUGCCGUGGUGGGCAAUGGGGGCAUCCUGAACAACUCCCAUGUGGGCCAAGAGAUAGACAGCCACGACUAUGUGUUCCGAUUGAGCGGGGCUGUCAUUAAAGGCUACGAACAGGAUGUGGGUACUAGGACAUCCUUCUACGGCUUUACUGCCUUCUCUGUGACCCAGUCACUUCUUAUCUUGGGCAACCGGGGUUUCCAGCACGUGCCUCUGGGGAAGGACAUCCGCUACCUGCACUUCCUGGAAGGCACCCGUGACUAUGAGUGGCUGGAAGCACUGCUUCUGAAUCAGACAGUGAAGACAAAGAGUCUGUUCUGGUUCAGGCACAGGCCCCAGAAAGCAUUCCGGGAAGACUUGCAAUUGGACAGAUACCUGUUGCUGCACCCAGACUUUCUCCGAUACAUGAAGAACAGGUUCCUGAAGUCUAAGACCCUGGACACUGUCCACUGGAGAAUAUACCGCCCCACCACUGGGGCCCUCCUGCUGCUCACUGCCCUUCACCUCUGUGACCAGGUGAGUGCCUAUGGCUUCAUCACCGAGGGCCACGAGCGCUUUUCUGAUCACUACUAUGAUAAGUCAUGGAAAAAACUGAUCUUUUACAUAAACCAUGACUUCAGGUUAGAGCAAGAAGUCUGGAAGAGGCUACACGAUGAAGGUAUAAUCCGGCUAUACCAGCGACCAGAAACCACCAAAGCGAAGAACUGACUGCAGCCGGAUGCAGUAGCCUCUUGCCACUCCCAAGGCACAGUGUACAGUGCCAGUCGUGAGACUCUUCUGUGGUCUUCCCGGGGCUCGGGCCAGCCGCGGAGCCCUUCAGGAGUCCGAGGGAACACGUGGAAAGAGGACAAGACUCUCCCCAGACGGCAAAUGAUUGGUCAUGGUUUCGAAGUUCUCUGGAACACUGCUGUAGGUUCUGAUGGAGAUUCCUGAGACCAGGGAUUUUUAACCAGAUGGGGUGAUGAGUGGGCAAUACCAAAAUUUCUGCUGAAAAGCAUCUUCCUGUCCAAAAGCUACCUAGUACAGAGGAAACAGCCAUAACUUACGGAGACAUGUAUUAAUAGAUUUGGUUAGAAUUCCAGAUCUUCCACUUAGCAGCUGUGAAACAUUGAAGGUGUUACUUAAUUUCAUUGCAGAUCAUCUAGAGGAGCCUUCCAGGGGCAUUACUCUAGAAGGGUCUGCUCUCUUCCUUGUCCUUGAGCUAUCUAACAAUUCUGUGCAUUGUAGAAAACUGAUGGUAAUAUAAAGGAUUCUUGUCCAUGGAGGUGCAAAUAAAUUUUGUACAAGGAA